GGUUCUUUGGAAAUAACACAGAGUUUAGAAGAUGAUCCUCUACUUGAUGCACCGCUUAUUUCGUCUCAUGCAUUGCAUUCCCAGCUGAGGCCAAGAUUUCGUGCUAUCCCAGCAGUCCUUCUUGCCAAUUUUUUGUUGUUUAUACAUGUUGCUUUUGUUGUUCUGUCUUUCUUAGCAGCCAUGUUCUGUUCUUAUCCCAAUCCAAAUCAGGACAAGUGCCCUGGCAACUACACUCACCCACUUAAAGUGCAGACUGUCAUAAUCAUUGCAAAAGUGAUCUUGUGGAUUCUGCAUGUGUUCUUUGAACGAUACGUCCACCACCAUCACAGCAAAGUCCGAAGCAGAGGUUACUUCUCCAUCUAUCGAUCCACGAGACAUCUCAAAAGGCUUCCCCUGGUGAUACACUCCACAGGAAAUGCGGCUCUGCUUUUGAUUCUGUCAGUCCAGCAUUCCUUUCCUGACCACAGUAAAGUGUACCUGUACCUGAUCCUGGGGGUCCUGGGCCUGGAGCUGAUCAGUUCCCUGACCUGCCUAGUGAUUUACACAGUGAAAAUAAGCAACUUCAAUCGUGCAAAGCCGAGACCUGAUAUAAUUGAAGAAGAGAAGAUGUAUGCUUACCCCAGUCACAUUACCUCAGAAACAGGAUUCAGGGAAAAUUCAAGUUUAGAAGAGAUAGUUGAGAAGCAAGGAGAUGUAAUCGAGUACCUUCAGCGACACAAUGCACUGCUCAGCAAGAGACUAUUGGCACUAACAUCCCAGCAAAUCAAAACUUAAAGGCAUUUAGAAAACUGCUGCUGCAGCUCAAGAGGAAGUCUGAAGCA